CUACAGAUACAGCAGGUACCAGAGUCUCCCAUCCUUCCUCCUCCUGUACCAGAAGCUACAGAUACAGCAGGUACCAGAGUCUCCCAUCCUUCCUCCUCCUGUACCAGAAGCUACAGAUACAGCAGGUACCAGAGUCUCCCAUCCUUCCCUCCUCCUGUACCAGAAGCUACAGAUACAGCAGGUACCAGAGUCUCCCAUCCUUCCUCCUGUACCACAUGGCUAGCAAAGGGGUUGCAAUCGGCAUUGACCUGGGGACCACCUAUUCCUGCGUUGGGGUCUUCCAGCAUGGCAAGGUGGAGAUUAUCGCCAAUGACCAGGGGAACCGCACCACCCCCAGCUAUGUGGCCUUCACAGACACAGAGAGGCUGAUUGGCGAUGCUGCCAAGAACCAAGUGGCCCUCAACCCCCACAACACCGUCUUUGAUGCCAAAAGACUGAUCGGCAGGAAGUACGAUGAGCCGGUGGUGCAGUCAGACAUGAAGCACUGGCCCUUUAAAGUCAUCAGUGAUGGGGGGAAGCCCAAAGUCACGGUGGAGUACAAGGGGGAGGGGAAAUCCUUCUCCCCGGAGGAAAUCUCAUCCAUGGUGCUGACCAAGAUGAAGGAGACGGCAGAGGCCUAUUUGGGCUACAAAGUCACCAACGCCGUCAUCACCGUGCCAGCUUAGUUCAACGACUCCCAGCGACAGGCUACCAAGGAUGCCGGCGUUAUUGCUGGUUUGAACGUGCUGAGAAUCAUCAAUGAGCCCACGGCGGCCGCCAUUGCCUAUGGCCUGGAUAAGAGCGGCAGGGGAGAGCGCAAUAUCCUCAUCUUUGAUCUGGGAGGUGGCACCUUUGAUGUAUCCAUCCUCACCAUAGACGAUGGCAUCUUUGAAGUCAAAGCCACGGCCGGAGACACCCACCUUGGGGGAGAGGACUUCGACAACCGCAUGGUGAACCACUUUGUGGAAGAGUUCAAGCGCAAACACAAGAAAGACAUCUCCCCAAACAAAAGGGCCCUGAGGAGACUGAGGACAGCCUGUGAGAGAGCCAAGCGCACUCUCUCCUCCAGCACCCAGGCCAGUAUUGAAAUUGAUUCUCUCUUUGAAGGUAUAGACUUUUACACCUCAAUCACCAGGGCUCGCUUUGAGGAACUGUGCGCAGAUCUGUUCAGGGGCACCCUGGAACCUGUGGAGAAAGCCAUGAGGGAUGCCAAACUAGACAAGUCCCAGAUCCAUGAGAUCGUCCUGGUGGGAGGUUCAACUCGCAUUCCCAAAGUCCAGAAGCUGCUGCAAGAUUUCUUUAAUGGCAAAGAGCUGAACAAAAGCAUCAAUCCCGAUGAGGCAGUGGCCUAUGGGGCAGCAGUACAAGCUGCCAUCUUGAUGGGCGACAAGUCUGAGAAUGUUCAAGACCUGCUCUUGUUGGAUGUGGCUCCUCUGUCAUUGGGUCUGGAAACUGCAGGAGGUGUAAUGACUGUUCUUAUUAAGCGCAACACUACCAUUCCUACAAAGCAGACCCAGACCUUCACUACUUAUUCAGACAACCAGCCGGGGGUUCUGAUCCAGGUGUAUGAAGGAGAAAGAGCCAUGACCAAGGAUAACAACCUCCUGGGCAAGUUUGACCUGACUGGCAUCCCUCCAGCUCCCCGAGGUGUGCCCCAGAUAGAGGUAACCUUUGAUAUUGAUGCCAAUGGAAUCCUCAAUGUCUCUGCUGUUGACAAGAGCUCAGGGAAGCAGAACAAAAUCACCAUCACUAAUGACAAGGGCAGGCUGAGCAAGGAGGAGAUUGAGAGGAUGCUGCAGGAGGCAGACAAAUACAAAGCUGAUGAUGAACAACAGAGGGAGAAAAUUGCUGCUAAGAACUCCCUGGAAUCCUACGCAUUUAACAUGAAGAGCACAGUGGAGGAUAAUAAUAUUAAGGACAAAAUCAGUGACAAUGACAAGAAAUCCAUCCUGGACAAAUGCCAGGAGGUCAUCUCAUGGCUGGAGCAGAACCAACUCGCAGAAAAGGAGGAAUAUACCCACAAGCAGAAAGAGCUGGAAAAGCUGUGUAAUCCCAUUAUUACCAAACUGUACCAAGGUGGGAUGCCAGGGGGAAUGCCAGGGGGAAUGCCAGGGGCUGGCUGCACUGCUGAGCCCAAACAAGGGCCAACUAUUGAGGAAGUUGACUAAUUUAAUUUUUUCUCAUCAUACAUUUUUGGACAAUAUUAUCAGUGCGUGGGCAGCAUGCUUUGUCUUUGUUUACCAAAAUGUGCCAAACCGUAUUGAUGUCAAUGCUUAAAGUAAAUUCUAUUUGCACUUAAACACUUUAGUUUAAUAUGCGUUUAAUAUAUGUUUUGAAAAUAAAAGUGCUUUUUGUUUAUUA